AUGGGAGAGAACGAGAGAGAGAGAAUGAGUGGGAACAGUAGCAAAAUAAACUCAGUGUUCUACGCAGAGACAUAUCAUCCAAUCCAGGCUGGAAGCAUAGACGGAACGGACAUACUUCCCCACGACAACGCCGUUUACAGAGCUCUCCUGUGUUCCAACGCUGGCCUCUAUGACCCCUUCGGUGAUCCAAAGGUUAUUGGGGACCCAUAUUGCACUGUGUUUGUUGGUCGGCUCUCGCACCUCACCACCGAAGACACUUUACGCAAGGCCAUGAGCAAAUACGGAAGAGUCAAGAACUUGCGAUUGGUUAGACACAUUGUAACUGGUGCUUCACGUGGUUUUGCCUUUGUUGAAUAUGAAACUGAAAGAGAGAUGCGGCGAGCAUAUGAGGUGUGGAAAAGAUCAACCCAUGUGUAG